AUGUCUUUCCUCACAACAACCCACCAAACUCUCACCCUCACCCCUAUUCCCCCUCACAUCCCCAUCACCCAAGUGCUCACCCUACUCCACGACCACAAGAAAAUGAUAACCAUGAACCCGCUCGUAACAGCACAUACCCUCCUCCCACCCACGCACAUUCUCGCCAAAGAUUUCUUCAAAUUCGAGCCCGUAGAACUCCAACCCAGUAGGCGAUGUCCCUGCGAGAUAUGGGAAAUAACCGACGACUUAUCCGCCAACUCAGAAGGAGAAACGGGAUCUGGAUGGCGGGGUGGCUGGUCGAAACGAUUUAUCCCAGAUCAGAUCACUUAUACGAGUAGUCUCCAAGAUCGCGAAGAUGGAUUGGUUAGUAUUACGCAUGCGCCGAUGGGGGUUCAUAGUGUCACGACGUGGAUAGUGAGGGAAGCGGGGCCGGGGGAAAGUUCGUUGAUGCUUGGGGAUGGGAGAUUAGUUUUGGAGGAGAAGGGGGUGGUGAGGGCGAGUAGGAUGUUGAUGGGGUUCAUAAAGACGACGUUGCAGGAAAGUCAUGAGAAGUUGGUGAAGGAUUUUAUGGGUGUUUUGGAAGGGAAGGGGAGGAAUGGGAAAGAAGUGGGGAAUGAGACGAAGGGGGAAUUAUAG